GUUGGAAGCGAAUUGAGCAAUUAUCUAGUUUACCUUCUCCUCUUGGAAGUUAACGAUUGGCGAGAUCUUGGCUGCGUUAUUGACACAACACUUUCUAUUGAUAGAAAUAAGUAGCGAUUGUCCCGAGUCAUUGGUGCGCCAAAGUAAACUGUGAUGGGCUGGCAUGAGUCCACUGGACUGAGAAGGCUGGUUCCGCCGGCGGAGGCUGUGGCGAUGGUGGCGGCGGCGAUGCUGCUUUCCCUCCUUGCAGCUCAGUGACAAGAAAAGGGGGAGAGAGAGAGUGAGAGGCACGGAGAGAGAGAGGGGGGAAAAAAAGAGGCGUCUACCAAAGCGGCUCAAAGCGGGCGAACAAAUGCAAUCCAGCCAUGGACAAUAGUGGCCACCACACGGCGACCAAAAUCCUAGCGACUCCUCCGGCCAGAGAAAGCCUGUCUGCGAGGAGCACCAUGAUCAGCACGCCCAAGCCCCUCGCCUUCUCCAUUGAGCGCAUCAUGGCGCGGACGCCCGAGCCCCGCUCCAUCCCCGUCCCGCAGCUCCUCCACGGCUCCGCGGCCAAAGGCGACCCCAAGCACCCGCUGCACCUCAACUCCUCCAUCCCCUGCAUGAUCCCCUUUGUCCCGGUGGCGUACGACCCCCUGCCCAAGGCGGCCGUGGCCGGAGCGGACCCCAGGAAGGCUCACUUAGACUCCUCUUCCUCGCCCUCCUUUAGCUGCGGCGAUCUCUUGAACUGUGCCCUGAGCUUGAAAGGAGAUUUCCCCCGCGACGCCCUGCCCUUGCAGCAGUACAAACUGGUAAGACCCCGAGUGGUCAAUCACUCCUCCUUCCACGCCAUGGGAGCCCUGUGCUAUUUCAACCGAGGCGACAGCCCUUGUCACCCGUCCUCCGGUGUCAACAUCCACCCGGUGGUUUAUUUCCUCAGCUCUCCCUUGCACCCGCAGCCCAAGGCGUACCUGGCGGAGCGGAACAAGCUGGUGCUGCCGGCCGCCGACAAGUUCCCGGCGGGGGCAGCCUUCAAGGACCUGUCGCAGGCUCAGCUGCAGCAUUACAUGAAGGAGAGCGCUCAGAUCCUCUCGGAGAAAAUCGCCUACAAGACCUCGGACUUUAGCCGCGGCUCCCCGAGCAGCAAGCCCAAAGUUUUCACCUGCGAAGUUUGUGGAAAGGUAUUUAACGCACAUUAUAACUUAACUCGCCACAUGCCGGUGCACACGGGAGCCAGACCCUUUGUUUGCAAAGUUUGCGGGAAGGGCUUCAGGCAGGCGAGCACGCUGUGCCGGCACAAGAUCAUCCACACCCAGGAAAAACCCCACAAGUGUAACCAGUGCGGCAAAGCCUUCAACCGCAGCACGACCCUGAACACCCACACGCGGAUACACGCCGGCUACAAACCUUUUGUCUGUGAAUUUUGUGGCAAAGGAUUUCACCAGAAAGGCAAUUAAAACCACAAGCUGACCCACAGCGGCGAGAAGCAGUUCAAGUGCAAUAUCUGCAACAAGGCUUUCCACCAGGUGUACAACCUCACCUUCCACAUGCACACCCACAACGACAAGAAACCCUUCACGUGUCCCACCUGCGGCAAAGGCUUCUGCAGGAACUUUGACCUCAAGAAGCACGUCCGAAAGCUGCACGACAGCGCCCUGGGACUGCCCCGGCCCCCCGCCGAGCUGGGGGGCCCCGACCCACCGCCCCUCCCGGGCCGCUGCUGCAGCCCUAAGGGCCCCGCGCCCGCCCCUUUGCAUGCACCUGUUAAGCGGUUUUUGUGUAUUAUUGCUCUAUAUCGCCACUGUUUUACGGGACUGGUUGGUUCCUCUUUUUUUUUUUUUUUUAAAGACUUUUUUUUUGGUUGUUGUUGUCGUUGUUGCAUCUCAGGUGGAGAGAUGGUUUAAAAAGAGAAAAAGAAAAGCGCCAAGCCAAUUUCUGCGGUAUUUAUUUGGGAUCUGUAUUAACCGAGCCGGGAAUGCUGCACCACUUUAAUUAUUUCGAUGUAUAUAUAUUUCCAGUGUGUUACUCCUGCCCCGUCUCCGCUGCCUGCCGGUUAUCCCUCCCCUUCUUGGUUUCCUCCUCUCCCUCUCCCCCCUGAAUAUCGUAUCUAUAUGGACAGAGCGGGUUCGCUGUGUACGGAUUUGAAAUUUCGGUUUGACUCUUGCA